AGAAAAUCGGGACAGCUACAGUGAAUGGCAGUGAGGAUAUCCAACGAAGGAAUCCAAGCCUUUUUAGCCAGGACGAUCAAUUAAACAACACGCAUCAGAGCUGGAGGACCUGGUCACAGUAGUCCCUGCCACUUCCCAUUUGUUUAGAGGUCUGUUCCCACUCAAAUGUGGGGAAGCAUCAGGCGUUGGUAAAGAGAGAUUUUGUCAUGGAGCCCAGAUUAAGUGUUCUCUGCUCAUCCAGAAAAUUUCCGUUAUUUUCUUGAACUUCUAGAAAGCGGAGAAUGAUGAAAUGAGAUAAAGUGGACUAACGGAGGAGCCCAGCCCCCUCGCCUCCACCUCUUUGAAGAAUGGCAGGCUUACAGCUUGUCACCCCUGCCACUUCACCCAUGGGACCGUUCUUUGGUCUGCCAUGGCAACAGGAGGCUAUCCAUGAUAACAUCUACACACCUAGGAAAUAUCAGGUAGAACUUCUUGAAGCAGCUCUUGAACAUAAUACUAUCGUCUGCUUGAAUACUGGCUCAGGGAAGACCUUUAUUGCAGUACUUCUAACAAAAGAGCUCUCCCACCAAAUCCGUGGACAUUACCAAGAAAAUGCGAAGAGGACUGUUUUUCUGGUGAACACAGCUUCGUCUGUAGUUCAUCAAGCAGCUGCAGUCAGGACUCACUCUGACCUCCAGGUGGGAGAGUACACAGGUUUGGAGGAGACGUCAGCAUGGACAGACCAACAGUGGAGUCGAGAGAUAAUCCAGAAUCAGGUGCUGGUCAUGACCUGCCACAUAUUCCUGCACAUUCUGAGGAAUAAAAUUUUGCCCCUGUCUAAAAUCAAUUUGGUGGUGUUUGAUGAUUGUCACCUGGCCAUCACAGAGCAUCCCUACUGUGAGAUAAUGAAGCUGUUCGAGGGCUGUCCGAGCAGCCCCCGCGUCCUGGGUCUCACAGCUUCCAUUCUGAACGGAAAGUGUGACCCGUCAGAACUGGAGCAGAAGAUUCAGAAUCUGGAGCGAAUCUUAAAGAGUAACGCUGAAACUGCCACUGACCUUGUGGUCCUGGACAGGUACGCCUCUCAGCCAAGAGAAGUGGUACUAGACUGUGGCCCCUACGUUGAUAAGAGUGGCCUGUCCUCCCGUCUGCAGGCAGAGCUGGACGAAGCUCUUACCUUCCUCAAUGACUGCAACAUACCUGUCACCAGAGAGGACCGAGACCCCACAUUUAUCUCCAAACAGGUUCUGAGCGACUGUCAGGCGGUUCUGCAGGUCCUGGGGCCGUGGUGCGCAGAUAAAGCGGCGGGCAUCAUGGUGCGCGAACUUCAAAAGUAUAUCAAGCACGAACAAGAAGAGCUCACCCGCAAGUUCUUACUCUUCACUGACACUAUCCUGCGCAAAGUCCAUGCCCUUUGCGAGGAGCACUUCUCCCCCGCCUCGUUGGACCUCAAGUUUGUCACCCCCAAAGUCCUGCGGCUGCUAGAGAUCCUGCACGAAUACAAGCCCUUCGAGAGGCAGCAGUUCGAGAGCGUGGAGUGGUACAACAACCGCAACCAGGACAACUACGUGUCCUGGAGCGACUCAGAGGAUGAAGAUGAGGACGAGGAGGUGGAGGCUAAAGAACGACCCGAGGCCAACUUUCCGUCGCCCUUCACCAACAUCCUGUGCGGGAUCAUAUUUGUGGAGAGGCGAUACACAGCUGUGGUCCUCAAUCGUCUCAUCAAAGAGGCGGGGAAGCAGGACCCGGAGCUCGCCUACAUCAGCAGUAACUUCAUCACUGGCCACAGCAUCGGCAAGAACCAGCCACGGAACAAGCAGAUGGAGGUGGAAUUCAGGAAGCAAGAGGAGGUUCUCCGCAAAUUCCGGGCUCACGAAACCAAUUUACUCAUCGCUACCAGCAUCGUUGAGGAAGGCGUGGAUAUUCCCAAGUGUAACCUGGUGGUGCGGUUCGACCUGCCCACAGAGUACAGGUCCUACGUCCAGUCCAAAGGCCGAGCCCGCGCUCCGGUCUCCAACUACAUCAUGUUAGCUGACAGUGAGAGGACCAAAGCCUUUGAGGAAGAUCUCACAACCUACAAGGCCAUAGAGAAGAUCCUAAGAAACAAGUGCUCCAAGUCGGUGGAGGUGAGCGAGUUUGAAGUGGAGCAGGUGCUGGAUGACGAUAACAUCCUCCCACCUUAUGUUCUUCGAAAUGAGGAUGGAGGUCCUAGAGUCACCAUCAACACAGCCAUUGGCCACAUUAACAGAUAUUGUGCUCGGCUGCCCAGUGACCCUUUCACACACUUAGCACCCAAGUGUAAAACUGCGGAGAUAAAGGAUGGACGCUUCCAGUCCACAUUAUACUUGCCUAUUAAUUCCCCUCUGCGAGUCCCUGUUAAGGGUCCUUCAAUGAACUGUGCCAGAUUGGCAGAGAAAGCAGUUGCACUAUUGUGUUGUGAGAAACUCCACAAAAUUGGUGAGUUGGACGAUCACCUGAUGCCGGUGGGGAAGGAGACCGUCAAGUAUGAAGAGGAGCUGGACCUUCAUGACGAGGAGGAGACCAGCGUCCCCGGCCGGCCUGGUUCCACAAAGAGGAGGCAGUGUUACCCUAAAGCCAUACCAGAGUGUCUGCGGGACAGUUACGCGGUACCGGAGCAGACCUACUACCUGUAUGUGGUCGGGAUGGUCCUCACCACCCCUCUACCCGAUGAACUCAACUUCCGCAGGAGGAAGCUCUACCCACCGGAGGACACCACCAGGUGCUUCGGCAUCCUGACUGCCAAACCCAUACCUCGAAUCCCACAUUUCCCGGUGUACACUCGCUCGGGUGAGGUUACCAUCUCCAUUGAGCUGCAGAAGUCCGGCUUCACACUCACCGCUGCCCAGUUAGACCUGAUCACUCGUCUGCACCAGUACAUCUUCUCCCACAUCCUCCGCCUGGAGAAACCUGCACUGGAGUUCAAGCCCACGCUGGCUGACUCGGCUUACUGCGUUCUACCUCUGAAUGUUGUUGGUGAUUCCAACACUCUAGACAUGGACUUUAAGUUCAUGGAGGACAUAGAGAAGUCUGAGGCCCGCACUGGCAUUCCUACCACUCAGUACACCAAGCAGAACCCCUUCACCUUCAAACUGGAGGACUACCAGGAUGCUGUCAUCAUUCCAAGGUAUCGUAACUUCGACCAGCCUCAUCGCUUCUAUGUCGCCGAUGUAUACACAGACCUAACGCCCCUCAGCAAGUUUCCAUCUCCGGAAUAUGAGACAUUUGCUGAGUACUACAAAACCAAGUACAACCUGGACCUGUCCAACCUGAACCAGCCGCUUCUGGACGUAGACCACACCUCCUCCAGACUCAACCUCUUAACCCCUCGGCACCUGAACCAGAAGGGUAAAGCCCUGCCACUGAGCAGUGCAGAGAAGAGGAAGGCCAAGUGGGAGAGUCUGCAGAAUAAACAGAUUUUGGUUCCAGAGCUGUGUGCCAUUCACCCCAUCCCUGCCUCCUUGUGGAGGAAAGCAGUAUGUCUACCCAGCAUCCUCUACCGCCUCCACUGCCUCCUGACCGCCGAGGAGCUCCGAGCUCAGACGGCCAGUGAAGCAGGAGUAGGAUCUCAGACUCUGCCCCCUGACUUCAGGUAUCCAAACCUGGACUUUGGCUGGAAAAGAUCCAUCGACAGCAAAACGUUCAUCUCCUGUCCCGAGUCCUGCAUGGAGGAUGGCGAGGAUCACUGUAAACAUGAAGAAACUGUCAAUUCUGACCCCAGUUCCCUGACAGAACCAGGCAGUCACCACUCUCCCCUGCCCACACAAGGGCCCUUAAUUGCCCCCAAUUCCAGUGACAACGCCUGCACCAGGAACCUAACAAAUGGCACUGCCCUCGUCACUGGCUGUGACAACGGCCAUCAAGAAGAGCACCUUCACCAACAUGACAAUUGCCAACGCUCCCGGCCCAGCUCCCCUGGGCCGCAGAGCCAUGAAUCAAUACAAACCACUACCUCAGUUCCUGUGCAGCCCUCUCACAGCUUGAACAAGCCCAGCUCCAGUCCUCCGCAGCCUAGCGAUGAAUGUACACCACGGAGGACCUCAGACCACACAAAUAAAGCUACCUCAGUCUGCAGCCGGGCAGCCACGGGUCCCAACGCUCCCACAGCACCUUCUCCCGUCCUCGCCACUGUCCACUCACACAGAGCCGAGGCGGGAGACUCCCUGAAAAGCCUAGGGCCCAACCCGGGCCUCAUCCUGCAGGCCUUGACCCUAUCCAACGCCAGCGACGGCUUCAACCUGGAGCGGCUGGAGAUGCUCGGCGACUCUUUUCUCAAGCAUGCCAUCACCACAUACCUGUUCUGUACCUACCCAGACGCACACGAAGGCCGCCUCAGCUACAUGCGCAGCAAGAAGGUGAGCAACUGUAACCUGUACCGCCUGGGGAAGAAGAAGGGACUCCCCAGCAGGAUGGUGGUGUCCAUCUUCGACCCGCCCGUCAACUGGCUGCCGCCUGGAUACGUGGUCAACCAGGACAAGAGCAGCACAGACAAACUGGAUUCAGAUGAGCCCAAAGAGGAUCUUCUGGCCAAUGGGCAAUCCGGCAACGACUACGAUGAGGACGAUGAGGAGGGUGAGGAUGUGGAUGAGGACGGCGAGCUGAUGUUGAAGGACGAGCCAAAGGACGAGGUUAACAUGGAGGACGACCUGGAGUAUUACAAGGAGCACAUAAAGUUUAUCGACAACAUGUUGCUGGGAUCCGGCGCAUUCGGUAAGAGGAUCUCUCUGAGCGCCUUCCCUCCCACGCUCACCCCGACCUCAGCCUCGUCUCCCCCUAUGGAGCCUCACUACGACUGGAAGGCUCCGAAGAAACCCCCCCACCACAACGCGGCCCACUACCCGUCCGAGCCGGCGCCCAGCGGGCCCUCGGCCGAUGAAUUCGACUACAGCUCGUGGGACGCCAUGUGCUACCUGGACCCCAGCAAGGCGGGGGAGGAGGACGACUUCGUGGUGGGCUUUUGGAAUCCGUCAGAGGAGAACUGUGGCGCUGAGCUGGGCAAGCAGUCCAUCUCCUAUGACCUGCACACGGAGCAGUGCAUCGCCGACAAGAGUAUCGCCGACUGUGUGGAGGCUCUGCUGGGCUGCUACCUGACCAGCUGUGGAGAGAGAGCUGCCCAGAUGUUCCUCUGCUCUCUAGGCCUCAAGGUAUUACCUUUGGAGCGGGGGACCCUGUCGGAAGUGGCCGCCAAGGGUCCUCAUGCCACGGCCAUCGACCUGUGCUACGGCUGGCUGAAGAUCCCACCCCGCUGCAUGCUGGACCAUCCAGACGCAGAGCGGACUCUCAACCAUCUCAUCUCCGGCUUCGAGAACUUUGAAAGAAAGAUCAACUACACUUUCCAGAACAAGGCUUACCUCCUGCAAGCCUUCACCCACGCUUCCUACCAUUACAACACCAUUACAGAUUGUUACCAGCGACUGGAGUUCCUUGGUGAUGCAAUUCUAGACUACCUCAUAACGAAGCACCUUUACGAAGACCCACGGCAGCACUCCCCCGGCGUGCUGACCGACCUGCGAUCAGCACUCGUCAACAACACCAUCUUUGCCUCUCUGGCCGUCAAGUACGACUACCACAAGUACUUCAAGGCCAUCUCACCGGAGCUUUUCCACGUCAUCGACGACUUCGUGCAGUUUCAGCUGGAAAAGAACGAGAUGCAAGGCAUGGACUCCGAGCUGCGACGCUCCGAAGAAGAUGAAGAGAAGGAGGAAGAUAUCGAAGUCCCCAAAGCCAUGGGGGAUAUCUUUGAGUCGCUAGCUGGAGCAAUUUACAUGGACAGCAGGAUGUCAUUGGAGACGGUGUGGCAAGUGUAUUAUCCAAUGAUGAGGCCACUUAUAGAGAAAUUCUCUGCCAAUGUGCCACGCUCUCCUGUGAGGGAGCUGCUCGAGAUGGAACCAGAAACUGCCAAGUUCAGCCCUGCAGAGAGGACGUACGAUGGCAAGGUCCGGGUGACGGUGGAGGUCGUCGGGAAGGGGAAGUUCAAAGGAGUGGGUCGCAGCUACCGGAUCGCCAAGUCCGCGGCGGCUCGACGGGCUCUGCGCAGUCUCAAAGCCAAUCAACCUCAGGUCCAAAACAACUGAGCUCCUCCCGAGCUCCCAGCAUUAGCACCUAAGCUAUUGACGCUAACGCAGAAAAGCGACGUCGCUUCCCAACACAGCGCGAUGCUAGCCCCUGUAUCUUCAGCCUUCGAUGGCACAACCAAGGCAGCCAGGGAACACUGUGUGGAGACGCAACAAAAGAAGCAGACUGAUCUCACAACAGAUUUCACAUCGGAUCUUUUACCGUUUUUUUCUUUUUCUUUUUUUUUUUCUUUUGUUUUUUUUGUUUUUGCGCAGACACAAUCUUUACUUUCCCUCUCUGCUUUGUGUAAUCACAUGAGUGCUUUAUUAACGUUUAGCAAAGUGUUUAAAAAAAAAAAAAAGGUCAGGUCGCAAUGUCUAUUCCUCACUGUUGUUUUUUUUUUUAAUUUUAUUUUAUUUUUUGUUAACCUCUAUGUCAGUGAGAUGAAGCUUAUGCUUAUUGUGUAGUAUUAGAUUGUACAUAGUUCAAUCAAAGGUGUAAAUCAAAGUAUGUAGGAAGAAAAAAAAGAAACAAAAAACGCUAAACUCCUCAGCCUGUGCACUAGUGCCAGUCCGUUUAAAAGCGGUUUUUAAACGCGCUAACAGCAGACAUGGCAAACAGAUACCACUGGAGCAAAAAAAAAACCUGGUGGCACUUCUGUCUGAAAUCUGUCUUGAAAUGGUUUUCUUAAUCAUUUUUGCACUUAUUCCAUUAGGAUCUGUUAUUUUGAGAAUUGUGUGGUCACAUUGACACCAAAAUCAUAUACGUAGCAAAGUAUAUAAAUAUAUAUUAAAAA